CCGCGCAGCGUUGCACGCACGGAUCGAAGUGCGCGAUUAUUCGCAUAAAUCUCUUUCUCUCCGAUACAAUACAUUUGUUAUAUUACCUUCUGGGGGGCGGUGGCAAUGUUACGCGAUCGAUAAUACAUCGAUAAUAAAAAAUUAUAAUCCAGUGCGGGGUGCGCGUACGCGAGGAUUCUGGAUACAAGUACAGUUUUACACAUGCUCGUGUCGACGCAAGAUGAGCGUCUGGAACCAGCUGAACGUCGAGGAGUACGCGAACUCGGUCGUGUCGCGCGACAAUCUCGGCGGCGUCGGCGGCAGCUUGCGACGCAUCAGUAGCUUCCGCAACAACAGCAGCAGCAGCUUCAGAAGAAAGCAACACUUCACGAGCUCUUGUCGUAGCGCUAAUUGAAUCGAUAAAUAAAACGAAAAAAAACCAAAGUCAAAAAGUUACACGUCGUUGUUAGUACUUUUAUAGAUAAUUUACCAUGCAGGGUCGUGCGAACAAAACGAUCGAGAAGCUGCCGGACAAGGUGCUGCUGAACGCGUUCAGCUACCUGUCCCAUCGGGAGAUCUGCCGCAUGGCCAGGGUGUGCAAGCGCUGGCGCACGAUCGCUUACGACACCAAGCUCUGGUCGCACGUCUCGCUCAGGCCCGAGAUCAGUGGCCUUCACGUGGGCUCGCUCGACAAUCUCCUUCAUCUCAUCAGUGUCAGAUUCGGCGCGUCGCUGCGCUACAUCGAGCUGCCGAUCGAGCUCAUCACCCACACGGUGCUGCACGAGCUCUCCAACAGAUGCCCCAAUCUCACCCACAUGCUGCUCGACUUCUCCACGGCCAUGCAGCUGCACGACUUCUCCGAGAUGCAGGCCUUCCCCACCAAGCUCAGGUACAUGUGCAUCUGCCUGUCCGAGGUCAUUUUCAUGGAGGGCUUCAUGCGCAAGAUUUACAACUUCAUCAACGGCCUGGAAAUCCUUCACCUCAUAGGAACUUACGAAAAAGUCGAAGAGGAGGAGGAGGAGAUCUACGAGGUGAUAAACGUGCACAAGCUGAAGUCUGCGACCCCGAAUCUGCGCGUCAUCAAUCUCUACGGGAUUAAUUUCGUCGACGACUCGCACAUCGACGCCUUCUCGUCCAACUGCAUCCAGCUCGAGUGCCUGGCCGUGAACUUUUGCGCCAAGGUCACCGGCUCGACCAUGAAGACCCUCUUCCAGAGGAGCAGGCGGCUCAGGUGUCUCCUCAUGCACGGGACCAAUCUGCACAGCGAGUACGUGAUGCAGGUCGAGUGGGAAAAGUCGAGCAUCCAGGAGCUGGACGUGACGGCCACGGACCUGUCGACCGAGUGCCUGAUCGACAUGCUCAGCCGCAUACCGGGUCUGCGCUUCCUCAGCGCCGGCCAGCUCAACGGCUUCAACGACGCCGUGAUCAAGGCCUGGAUGGAGAUGGGCAAUCCGCGCAAUCUCAUCGCCCUGGACUUGGACAGCUCGGACAAUCUCAGCGACGACGCGCUGCACAAGUUUCUGUCGCGCCACGGCCAUCAGCUCGCGGGUAUCGCCCUGUCCGGAAUGCCCCACAUUACCGAUCAGCUGUGGCAGAGCGUCCUGCCGAUACUCACCAAUGCCAAGAUCGUCGUGAUGGGCACCGGCGAGAGGCUCGGCGUCAAUAUACACGUGGACCAGCUGAUGGACGGCAUCGCCAACAGCUGUCCGAAUCUCGAGCGGCUGGAGCUGCGAUGGGACCCCGAGAACCUGCGAUUCUCCGACAAGAGCCAGAAGGCCAUCGACAUACUGCGCGUCAAGUGCGUCAAGCUCAAGUGCCUGACGCUGAGCGACGGCAGAUAUUACGAAAUCGUCAAAGCCAACUUCGAGAGAGCGGACAGAACGACGGUGGUGAGAACGUCGACCUGUUAUCGCGUGUCCAACUAUCACCUCUUGCAAAAUUACAAGGACUUAGUUUUUAAUUAAUUAUAUACGUACACGUGUAAGUCGAGUAGAGGAGACGACGAAUAAUAUUUUAUGCCAAAGACAGAAAUGAUCCAUUUCGAAAGUAUAUUUUAUACGAUGCAAAUGAUAUUUUUUUAUGUAAGGUUUGUGUGCGAAAUGGCAGAGUUCAAUUGAAACGAUAUUGCAUAUAUUGUGUGAGAAACAAAAGAAAAAUUAAAUAUUAUCCACGACGCGUUAGACUGAACGAUUUAAAGCACGGAAAUAUGUACAUUAUUUUGCCGUAAUAACGAGUGGUAAAUAAUAUAUAGUCAAUUCGAAUAGCUCUUUAUAGAUUCAAUUUAUUCUCUGGAUACAUUUUUAAAGUCAUUUACAAAAAAAUCAAAGUAACCACUUGUCAAUCUACGCAAUCUAGUAUCGGUAAGGAUUUAGACGUAUAUUCGUUAAAAAAUGAUAUUUGUCCUAACACUGUAAAAUACAAUAAUACAUAGUUUUUUAUCGAGCUCUACAUGUUUAUCAAAAUGAAAAAAGAGCGUGAGUGAGUUGCAAAACUGCCAUGAUUAUUUAUAUUUUUAGAAGUACUUAUAUAAAUUAUCGUUGACAUCCAAUAAACUGAAGACAAAAAAUUAGUAUCGAGUUGAUACUUGAGUAAAAGUGUAAAUUAUAAUCGGUCCAUGCAGUCGACGAGAUAUAUUGCUUAUAUUAUACAUAUAUUUUUAUGCAUAUACAGAAUGUAAAUUUUA